UACAUGUCUUCUUUAAAUUCCCCUGUUUUGUCGCAAGACAAAAAGAAGAAUUUUUGAAGCAAUUGAAUAGAAACCAUGGAUGAAGAUGUAAAGAGAAGAAAUAGAGAACUUGAUACUAGAGUCCUCGAAAAGGUGGGAGAAGUUAUCACAGCCAUUAAAAAUGCAAAACACAUUGACCCUGUUAUUACAGCUCUUCACUCUAUUGCGGUCCUUCUUUUCCCAAUCGAUUCUUCCCUUAUCGCAGGUUGUAUUGAUCAGCGUUACAAGGACCAGAUUCUUAGUGCUAAGGCCCCUUCUAUAAAGGAAAGGGAUGAUUGGUGGCAGGCAUUCUUCCGAGGACCUGCAUUUUCAACAUUCGCUCGCUUUUUAUUGCAUGAUGUCACUUCAAAUUGGCUUGCUUGUUUCCCUUUUUCAUCGCGGAAACAUGUCUAUGAUAUUUUCUUUGUUAAUGGGCUCAUGGCUGAGGUUGUUCAGACUUUGGUUCCUUGUCUGCAGCAGAGUGGAAGUGAUGGUAUUGAAGUAAAAGCUUUCCUCUCAAAUGCAGAAAGAUUAGUUGUACUAUGCUUGCUUGAAAAUAAUGGAGUUCACCAGAUGGCUAGAGAAUUUGGAGUUUCUUGCACGUGUGAAGAUUCUGCAAACGACUGGCUGAGGCCAACAAUUUCCAGGGUGGCACAGCUUAUUGCAUCUGUGCCAGACAAAGCACGGCCAAGAGCGCCAACUUCACUUACAUCACAUUUAUUCUUCAAGACAAUAACAAUUCAACUUCUAUCGGGACUACAAGAAAGGGCUGCCAAUCUUUCAGAUAUUCACUAGCUCAAUAAAAUUGAAUUGGAUGGAACUUUGCUAUUUGUUGGGGAAAGUUUUUCUCGCAUUUGCCGGCGUGGUUCUUCUGAUGUGCUUUCAAGUGAAGUAGUCCUUCGUGUUCUUAGACACAUUAAGAGUGUCUUACUUUCCAAUAGUGAUGUAGCUCCCAAAGACAUAUUUGAGUCUAACCCUGAAUCAAUAGUUUGGUCGAAGAUGAUGGAAGCGAUUAAAGAUCUGUAUGCUGUGGAAAGAAUGUCUGAACAGCUGUUGCAUCAGCUAGCAAUUGAUAAUGUGACUGACUCUGAAGCAUAUUGGAUUAUUUGGUUAUUGUUUCAUCGGCUUUUUCAUCAACAGACAUCAAUCAGGUCAAUGUUUUUGGAUAAAUUUUUACUCUGGAAAGUAUUUCCUAUUUGUUGCCUGAGAUGGAUUCUUCAAUUUGCUGUUUUUGGAUGUGCACCUGUUGCUGAUCCACUCACAAAAGACAAUGAAAGCCAAGGUCUCUUAGACACAGUGCAACGGCUGGUAGCAGUGUGGUCUAAGAGAGAGUUUGUGCAGUCUGCUACAAUGGAGCAGCAUGCAUAUGUUACUGCAGCUAUAGGCCUUUGCCUUGAGAAGCUGUCAAAAGAGGAACUAGAUAAGACCAGGGAUGUUAUGCACUUGAUUCUUCUAGGAGUUAGCUGUAGGCUGGAGAGCCCCGAUGAUAUGGUUAGGAAAAUGGCAAGUAGUGUUGCUUUCAUGUUCUCUAAAGUAAUUGACCCCAAAAAUCCUCUAUACCUUGAUGAUAGCUGCACUAGGGAGACUAUUGAUUGGGAAUUCGGAAGAACCACGUGUGAUAAGGAGAACCUGCUCACUUCAAGUUCCAAAGGAAAGAAUCUUGACAAAAUGAUAAUGGCAUCUACCUCUAUUCCUGAAAAGGACCUUGACUGUGUAACACAUGAUGAGACGCUCACUAACAAGAAGAGUGGAAAGAACAAAUUAUUUGAAAGCUCAAUUGAUCCUGAUGAAAUUAUUGAUCCAGCUACACUAAAUUAUGAAUCAGUCUCUGAUCAAGGUGAGGAUGAUGAAGAAGUGAGUGAGGAUUCUGAUUCCUCAGACUCAUCUUUACAGCCCUAUGACUUGUCAGAUGAUGACAAUGAUUUGAAAAGAAAACUUUCACAGUUGACUGAUGUAGUUGGAGCUCUGCGGAAAUCUGAUGAUGCUGACGGGGUGGAGAGGGCUCUUGAUGUUGCUGAAAAGCUUGUGCGAGCAUCACCUGAUGAACUAAUUCAUCUGGCAGGUGAUUUAGUGAAAACUCUUGUACUAGUUCGUUGCUCUGAUGUGGCUGUAGAAGGUGAGGAAGAAUCAGCUGAAGAGAAGAGACAUAGAGCCUUGGUUGCUUUGCUGGUCACAUGUCCAUUUGAAUCUCUUGAAACCCUAAACAAACUGUUAUAUUCACCUCAUUUAGACAUCAGCCAACGAAUUAUGAUCCUUGAUAUCAUGACAGAAGCAGCCCAAGAGCUUGCCAAUUCUAAAAUUAUGAAACCUAAACAUCAAGCCAAGGCCCUCAUUUCAACCAUUUCAGAGACUCAACCAUGGUUUUUGCCUAGCAGCACUGGACCCCCUGGAGCCGGUGCCUGGAAAGAGGUCUCAGAAACAGAAACUCUGCUAAACUGGUCAACUCGUUAUGAGAGAGAGCUUCCAUUAAAAUCUGGUCAGAUCAAGAGAGGGAAGGCACGCCGAUGGAGCCUCAAAUCAGCAAACAUACAAGAAAACCAGAUGGAAUUGUCCCAUAACAAGUUUCCUUUGUAUGCAGCAGCAUUUAUGCUUCCUGCCAUGCAGGGAUUUGAUAAGAAAAGGCAUGGUGUUGACUUGCUGGGGAGGGAUUUCAUUGUUUUGGGAAAACUUAUCUAUAUGCUUGGUGUUUGCAUAAAAUGUGCAUCUAUGCAUCCAGAAGCAUCUGCAAUUGCUCCAGCUCUUCUAGAUAUGUUAAAAUCCAGGGAGGUAUGCCAUCACAAAGAAGCAUAUGUCAGAAAAGCUGUUCUUUUUGCAGCUUCAUGUGUGUUGGUGGCGCUUCAUCCCUCUUUUGUAGCAUCUACCUUGCUUGAAGGAAAUGUUGAACUUUCUAGUGGGCUUGACUGGAUUCGAUCAUGGGCCCUUGAAGUAGUUGACUCAGACACUAGUAGAGAGUGUUUUACGUUGGCUAUGUCAUGUCUCCAACUCCAUGCUGAAAUGGCUCUUCAAGCUUCGCGAGCACUAGAAUCUGCUGAAACCACAGUCAAGUCAAAGAGUGUUGAGCUUCCAUCUACUCUCUCAAAGGCAAAAAUCAUAAUCCCACACUCAAAUGUGGAGUACUAGAGCCAUGUACACUUUAUAGCAUUCAUUCUUAAUUUUUAGUAAUUUUAUAUUCAGUUCCCUAAAUUCUGUAAUUACCAAAUCAGAUGAUAACCAACAGAUGCCAAAUAUGCUUAUGAAAAAAUUGUGAAGACGACAAUGAAACCAACUCAAUUUUCUAUUAA